UUGCUCAGGACUUUCCCGUCAUAUUGCAUUGGACGGUCCUGAGAACGGAGCGGAGAGUCACCGGUCCGGGAAGAUUAACACCGAAGGGGGGGGGCCACGGCACACCAGGACACACUGCGACAACUUCAAGGAGGAUCUACCGGGCCGGGGCCAGGGGCCAUCAUGAUGCAAGUAGAGCUACCCCCCGCUAAGCAGUUACAGCAGGAUAUGGAUCUCAUUGACAUCCUGUGGAAACAAGACAUUGAUCUAGGUGUUGGCCGUGAAGUUUUUGACUACAGCCAAAGACAGAAGGAAUAUGAACUGGAAAAGCAGAAGAAGCUUGAAAAGGAGCAUCAAGAACAGCUCCUAAAGGAACAGGAAAAAGCAUUCUAUGCCCAUGUGCAAUUAGAUGAGGAGACUGGGGAAUAUAUUCCUGUUCAGCCGCCGGCACCCAUGGAGGCGGCAGUAGUCACACAUAUAGUCACAAGUUCCCUGCAGAGUAAAUCUGAUCUCGGGCAACAACUCUCCUUUGAUGAAUGCAUGAAGAUUUUAGCCGAUACAUUCCUUGUGAACCCUGAAACCACCUUCCAAAUAGCAAUGGCACCAGAUGCUCAGAUCGAUACCAGCCAGAGCUUUCUCACCACAGAACAACACCCUGCUCCAGACAGUUUGCAAAACUCUACAGCCAGUCCAGAAAACCUGCAAGAAAUGGAGCAAGCAUGGGAAGAACUGCUGUCCAUCCCAGAGCUACAGUGCCUCGGCAAUCAGAUUGACAACCUUGUUGACCUGAGCUUGUAUUCGAAUUCAGAUGCCAUGUUGGAAACCUCAAACAACUACAUGUUCCACAAUCCAUUGGUGAACAUUGAAAAACCAGUAGAGGACGCCGCUCCUGUUUUCGCUAAUGACUUUGUAGGUCCUUUUGCCUCUAAUGUACCCACAGUAAACACAAAUUCAACAUUCAAUGUAGAAUCAUUUUGUGAUGAUAUAUUUACCCUUAUUGAUCCCAAAGUGACCAACGUGCCUUUGCCAGACAAUUCAGGCCAACCAUUCACUCAAAUUGUAAACGAACCUGUUGAUAUCACAGACUUAUCAUUGUGUAAAGCCUUUAAAGGGAACAGUCCAGCAGAAUUUAAUGAUUCCGAUUCAGGGAUCUCCAUUAACACAAGCCCUUGUUCGGCAUCACCUGGCCAGUCCAUGGGUUCCUCCAUUUACGGAGAUGCGCAUUAUGGUUACAGUGACUCUGAAAUGGAAGAUAUGGAUAGCAAAACUGAAGACGUACAACAGAAUCCGUCGGAGAAAUUCUCGAUGCCCUUUACAGAAGAUGCAUUCUAUGCACUCUCGCCCUUUGUACCAUUGGACACAUGCUUUGACAUAGAAGCUCAGAAUCCACCAGAAAAAGAUCUCCCCGUUAAACCUGACCAAAGUAAGACUCCUUUUACAAAAGAUAAGUCAGUAAGCCAGCAGGAAGCUCGUUUCAGUAGAGACGAGCAAAGAGCGAAAGCUCUGAACGUACCAUUCUCUGUGGAUAAAAUUGUGAAUCUUCCUGUGGAUGACUUCAACGUCUUAAUGUCCAAGCAUCAAUUCAACGAGGCUCAGCUUGCUCUCAUUCGAGACAUACGCAGAAGAGGCAAAAAUAAAGUAGCAGCUCAAAACUGCCGGAAGAGGAAAAUGGAGAACAUUGUGGAGUUGGAAAGUGAUCUAGACAAGCUGAAGUAUGAGAAAGAGAAGUUGCUUGCCGAGAAUGGUGAAUAUAACGACAGCCUUCGCCUACUGAAAAAGCAACUCGGAACCUUGUACAUGGACGUCUUCAGCAAACUACGUGACGAGGAUGGCAAUCCGUACUCUCUUCAUGAGUACUCCCUUCAGCAAACAAAAGAUGGCAAUGUCUUCCUUGUCCCAAAAGCCAAUAAGAUUGAGAUUAAGAAGGAAGAGAUCUAGAAUCUAGAUUUUUUAUUUUAAAUCCUAUGCUUCUAUAGAGCGGGGAAACGGGUUGUAAUAUAGGCAGCACUAUAGAACUGAACAUUUUUGGCCUGUAGCACUUACAUGCAGUAACAAUAAUGAAAUAUUGUUGU